CCUUCAAUAUUAUUUCUGGGGGAGCAGGGUAAAAGUACUAAAAAAUGUUGCCGAUCCACAACACUGGGACGGACUGAAUGGAGGCAACGCUGUCAGCGAGCGGAGAUAAUAAAUCCGUCUACAGUGCACCGCGACACACACCGAGCGGCUUGUUGACUUCUCCCUAAACGUCCAGCCCUCGGCCUCCCCAUGCCUCCAUCUCCUCUUGACGACAGAAUUGUGGUGGCGCUGCCAAGGCCUAUCCGACCUCAGGAACUCCAAUUGCGCCUGGACACCAGCUACCUGGACUCCAUCGCCACCAGCAGCAGCAACAAGACAGUCAUCAGCACCACCGUGGUGAAGAUCCGGGCGACGGCCAAUCUUGUAACGUAUAUGCCCUCAUCCAAGGGCUCCACGCGCUCGUUGUCGUGUGGAUGCAGCAGUGCCAGCUGCUGCUCAGUGACUACCUAUGAGAAGGACAGCCAGAGCCUCAACCACAGCCAGGUGAGCGCCAGCAGCCCCAACCUCAGCUAUGCCGGGCCGCCCACCCCUAUGGUUAGCAACCAUGAAGCAUUAAGCGCCCCCAGUCUCGCCCCGGGCACCCCGAAGGCCCUGUCAGCUGUGAGGGUCAUCCACCCCAAUGAGCUAGCCAAACGGAUGACCUGCUGCCCCAUGGGACACCCCGUGGGGCCCAUACCGGUCAUCAUCGACUGCCGGCCCUUCAUGGAGUACAACAAGAGCCACAUCCGGGGGGCCGUGCACAUCAACUGCUCCGACAAGAUCAGCCGGCGGCGGCUGCAGCAGGGCAAGAUCACUGUGCUAGACCUCAUCUCCUGCCGUGAGGGCAAGGACUCUUAUAAGGGCAUCUUCUCCAAAGAGAUUGUGGUUUACGAUGAGAGCACCAUGGAUCCCAACCGGCUGACCUUCUCCCAGCCACUGCAUGUGGUCCUGGAGUCGCUGAGGAGGGAGGGCAAGGACCCCAUCGUCCUUAAAGGAGGCCUUAUCUGCUUCAGGCAGAGCCACGAGAACCUGUGCGAGCACUCGCUGCACCUUCACGAGGGCUUGGACCACGGUGCUGCUGCUGGCCUGACGGGGCCAUUACCUCCUUCCCUGCCCUCCACUCCGGACAUUGAGAACGCGGAGCUGACGCCAAUCCUGCCCUUCCUCUACCUGGGGAACGAGCACGACGCUCAGGACGCCCACCUGCUGCAGCGCUACAACAUCGGCUACAUCCUGAACGUGACCACCCACCUGCCGCUCUACCACUACGACACAGGCCUCUUCAUCUACAAGCGCCUGCCCGCCACAGACAGCAACAAGCAGAACCUGCGGCAGUACUUCGAGGAGGCGUUUGAGUUCAUCGAGGAAGCACAUCAAGCAGGUAUGGGCCUUCUGAUCCACUGCCAGGCAGGCGUGUCUCGUUCAGCCACCAUCGUGAUCGCCUACCUAAUGAAGCACACCUGGAUGACCAUGACAGACGCCUACAAGUUUGUCAAAACCAGGAGGCCCAUCAUCUCCCCGAACCUCAACUUCAUGGGCCAGCUGUUGGAGUUCGAGGAGGACCUCAACAACGGAAUAACGCCACGAAUCCUCACGCCAAAGCUGACUGGCGUGGAAACCGUCGUCUAAGUGAACCCACUCGACUCACACUUGUACUCACUCUCA